GUUAACGGUUGGUGGUGGCGGUUGGCGCCUUCCCCUCCCCCUCCUCUCUACCCAUACUUUAAAAAACUAGCUGCAGGCUCCGAUCGCCACUUACUGGCUACAAAAAAGUUUUUUUUUCAUUUCCCCUCCCCCCUGACUAUCCCGACGGUAUGGCCGGCAAGUUACCUCCUUGUGUGAUUGACUGCGGGACAGGAUAUACAAAGCUUGGCUAUGCAGGUAACACUGAACCACAGUUCAUCAUACCUUCAUGUAUAGCCAUUAAAGAAUCAACCAAGAUAGGUGACCAUGCGCAGCGAAGAUUGGUGAGGGGAGUGGAUGACCUAGACUUUUACAUUGGUGAUGAAACUGUAGAUAAACCAACGUAUACCACAAAGUGGCCUAUUCGACAUGGAAUAGUUGAAGACUGGGAUCUAAUGGAGAGAUUUAUGGAACAUGUGAUAUUCAAGUAUCUCCGAGCAGAACCUGAAGAUCAUCACUUUUUAAUGACAGAACCACCACUCAAUACACCAGAAAAUCGAGAGUACCUUGCAGAGAUCAUGUUCGAAUCCUUUAAUGUCCCAGGUCUUUACAUUGCAGUCCAGGCUGUGCUAGCCUUAGCUGCUUCCUGGACAUCACGGCAGGUUGGAGAACGCACAUUAACAGGCAUAGUGAUAGACAGUGGAGAUGGAGUAACCCAUUGUAUUCCAGUGGCUGAAGGUUACGUCAUUGGAAGCUGUAUUAAACACAUCCCAGUUGCAGGUCGGGAUAUUACAUUUUUUAUUCAACAGCUCUUGAGAGAAAGGGAAAUUGGAAUACCACCUGAACAAUCCUUGGAGACUGCCAAGAUGAUCAAGGAGAGAUAUUGUUACAUCUGCCCUGAUAUAGUAAAGGAAUUCACUAAAUACGACAUGAAUCCUGGGAAGUGGAUCAAGCCGUAUAUUGGUAUCAAUGCUAUCAGCAAACGACAAUUUGCUGUUGAAGUGGGCUAUGAAAGGUUUCUGGGACCUGAAAUUUUCUUCCAUCCAGAGUUUGCAAAUCCGGACUUUAUGCAACCUAUUUCAGAUAUUGUUGAUGAAGUAAUACAAAACUGUCCAAUUGAUGUUAGACGUCCAUUGUAUAAGAACAUUGUUCUUUCUGGAGGUUCAACAAUGUUUCGUGAUUUUGGGCGUCGUUUACAGCGAGAUCUGAAAAGAGUAGUGGACGCAAGAUUGAAAAUUAGUGAACAGCUUAGCGCUGGUCGAAUAAAGCCUAAACCAGUUGAGGUCCAGGUGAUAACCCACCAUAUGCAGCGAUAUGCAGUUUGGUUCGGCGGCUCCAUGCUUGCAUCAACACCUGAGUUUUACCAAGUAUGCCACACAAAAAAGGAUUAUGAAGAAUUUGGUCCUAGUAUUUGUCGUCACAACCCAGUUUUUGGCGUCAUGUCAUAAUGGCAGCUAUGAGUUACUGCAGCUUAGGAAUUGAAAGUCCUGCUACAGAACAGGA